AUGCGGAGCUACCUGCUAUUCGUACUUCUCCUGACAGUCCUCAUCGCAUAUCUAGCCUCCGAGGUCAGACGUCACAGCAACAGAAUCACAGUAACAACAGCAAUGACUACGCCAUCGGUACUACUCUCCCAAACCCCACCAGUGAUAGUGGUGGGAUCAGGCCUAGCCGGCCUCGCAGCAGCCUCACAGCUCAUCUCACAUAACAUCCCCGUCCAACUACUCGAGCGCGCGCCCAAACCCGGCGGGAACUCGAUCAAAGCAUCCUCUGGCAUCAACGGCGCGCCCACACGAUUCCAACCCGUCAGCAACGACGUGGCGUUUUACUCGGACACGGUGAAAUCAGCGGGAAGCGCGCUGGCUAGUGCCGCGGCGGAGGAGCGAGCACGGCGCGAGCGGCUCAUUUCCACACUUACUAAUUCCUCUGCGGACGCAGUCUACUGGCUUACAGACGAGAAGGGGAUUGAUCUGAGUAAAGUCGCACAGUUGGGUGGGCAUAGUGUUCCGCGGACGCAUCGGGGGGGUCCUGGGCAGAAACCGCCGGGGGCGUCGAUUGUCGGGUCAUUGUUGGAGUUACUGGGGAAGAGUCCGUACUUUACGCUGCGGACUGGGUCGAGAGUUACGCGGGUGUUGAGGGAGAGCGAUGAGGUGCUGGGCGUUGAGUACGAGAGGAGCGUCGGGGAGGAUGGGAAAGAGAAGCAAAAGGAGUCGCUGAAGGGACCGGUUGUGUUUGCCAGCGGUGGCUUUGCGGGUGAUGCGCAUGGCAUGCUGGCGCAGUAUCGACCGGAUCUGGCUGGGUUUCCGACGACGAACGAAGCAAGGGAGGGAUCGCAGCCGCUUCUUACGGGGGUCGGGGCGGAUCUGCUGGAUAUGGAUCGCGUGCAGGUGCAUCCGACGGGAUUUAUCGAUCCCAAUGACUCGUGGGCGUUGGCGAAGAUUCUCGCCGCCGAGAUGCUGAGGGGGGAAGGGGGUAUUCUCCUGACGGGGGAAGGGAAGCGGUUCGUGAACGAGCUGGAUACUCGCGACAAAGUCACCGAUGCUGUCUUGCGCUCUGCGAAAUCCUUAACCAAGGACGAAACGACAGCAACGGGUUCCGCCACGAGACAAUGGGACGUGACUCUCGUGCUGGACGAAAGCACCGCCGAAGCCACCUCGUCACAUCUGGGCUUCUACAAGUGGAAGGGCCUGGUGAAGAAGACCACCAUCGGCGAACUGGGCCCUGCGGCCCUCGAGACCAUCCGCGCCUACGCAGACAUCGUAUCAGGCGAGAAGCCUGAUCCGCUGGGCCGUCCAGCCUUUGGCAGCUGGUCCCUGGGCAAAGGAGGAGACAAGGAGAAAGAUAUAACGGCGGACUCGGUCGUGUAUAUCGGCAAAGUGACGCCGGUCGUACAUUUCACCAUGGGCGGCGUGGCGAUCGACGAGCACAGCCAGGUCCUGGACACAAGGGGCGUUCCGAUCAAGGGACUCUGGGCUGCGGGCGAGAUCACCGGUGGUUUGCAUGGGAAUAAUCGGUUGGGAGGGUCGUCGUUGCUGGAGUGUGUUGUCUUUGGACGGAUAGCAGGGGAUGGAGCUGCCGAGUUCUACAAGAAGCAUUAUCGGAAUACUGGCAACUAG